ACCGUAAGCUCCCUACAUAUAUUUAAAAUUUACAUUAGAAGCUCCCAAAAAAUUUUUCUUCAUCAACAAUAUAAUAAAUCCAAACAUUAUAAGAUGAAAAUAAUUUUAUAAGAUGUAAGCGGUUUUUGUUAUCUCUUCUAAAAAAUAAGAUUUGAUAAAAGCAAAAUGGCAAUGGAAUCAAAAACUACAAGUAAAACCAGCUCUUUAAAAGCCUUACUUUUGAGAGCCUGGAGAGAAAGAUGGACGGAUCUGCAAUGGGGCAUCAAUAUUAAAACGGUAUUACCUAGAGGAGUCAGUGGUGAUGUGUAUAAUUUGGCUGAUUGUAUCCUGCAGCAAGCAGUUGUUGGUGCUGGAGCUAAUCAGCUAGUCUUAAGCUAUUUGAGACACUCUUUAAGUUCACAGUUAGUUUCUCAUGCUGCUGUACUUCAGAGGUUAAGCAAGUACAAUCAGUUCAAUAAGGUAUAUUGUGUUACGAGUUUGUUGGAGUUUUUAGAAGGUAUGCUACCAGGUGUUACUUGCUUUGGAAAACCUGAAGAAACUGUACUGGCAACUGCUGUUUUAUCCACAGCUUUAUGGCUAUUAAAUAUUCUACACAAUUGCAAAGAUGCUACCAGCUUAUUUCAAAAAGCCGGGGAAUUACUUAAGGUUUUACUGACAGAUGAUUUUUAUGUUUCUAUGAUAUGCUUGGCAAAAUAUAAUGAUCCAGAACUGUUCCAGGAAACCAAUAGAAAAUGUACAGAAUUACUAACAGUUCUUUCUGAGACUGAGGAGUUGGUAAAAUACGUCACGAUACUGGAAAGUAUUGAUAUUCACAUGCUUUGCUUACCAGUUAAAAGUGAAAAAUGGCCUGGCUCUUUAAUUCAGUGUUGGCUUGAGGUUAAAUUAACUGGAGAUCCAGGAGCUGAUACUUCUACUUUGGCUGAUCAACUUCAAAUAUUUCAAAAGUUGAAAGGUUUUAGUGACUCAAGACUAUUUGCAGAACUUAUAAGGGGAAGUUUUCUUGCUUUAUAUAAUGGUAAUCAAACCCCUCAUGAGAGCCAGUGGGGUGCAUUUACUUUUUUAAAAGUUCCUCACAUACUGCAAGAGAUGCCAGGAAAACAUGAUAGUACGUGUAUUGUUAAAGCAAUAGAGUUGCUUUUACAGCAUAGCCCACUAUUGGAUGCAAUGGAUGCUAACAGUUCUUGUUCCAGUUUAAAGUGCUUACUAGAUGAGCUGGCAAAACUAAGGUUAAUCAAUGAGUCACAAGUUAAGGAACUUUUAGAAAAGAGAAAAGUACCAACAACAUUAAAAUUAGAUAGCAGCCCUAGCACUGGUAUUCCAAAAGUCAUUAUUUGUGCAGAGUCUACUUUAUCUGGAAUAUUAAAAACUCUUUCUACUGAUUAUCAUAAAAUACAGGAUGCUAUAUUGGGCAUGCUACACCAAGUGCUAACAGGAAAGAGCUUUGAGCUUAUACUAGCAGUUGCUUGCAGCUCUGGUCAAUUAAAAGCGCUGGUGACAAGAUUAAUUCGUUUUAACGAAUGCUCUAAAAUGGGUCAGGAUAAAGCCAGAAUGCAGCUGUUUGAUAUCAGUUUUGUUAUGCUGAUUUCUAUUGUACAAAAUUAUGGAGCCUCAGCUGUUCUCGACCCUAAUGGAGAAUCAUUAAUUGACCAAUGGGUGCAUGAAUGCAUGGUAGAUCGACACAAACCAAAAGCUUCAACUCAAUUACUUUCCAUGUGUGAUCCUGUAAUUGUAGAAUCUUUAAUUCAGCAGUUCAAUUCCGGAGAUAACGACUUAAAACCAAAUAUGAAACUUAAGGAUAUUUUGUUUAAUAUGCCGGGAGUUAUGCAUGAAGUUCUGGUUGCUUGGGAGCAAGGUGCCUUGGCUCCUUCAGAUGUAAAAAGAAUUUUAGAUGCAGUUAGGGGUAAAAUGUGCUGCCUCCCUAUAGCCGCUGCUACUUAUCUUUGCUCCUAUAUGAGGACAGCUCCACAAGAAACACUAUUAAAGCCAAUUAAUAUGGUCCAACAGUUGUUAGCUACACCUGCCACUGAAGAAGAUAGUUUAAGGGACCGUUGGCAAUUAACUUGCGAAAUAAUUCGCAAAAUGCAACGGGACAUCCAGUUGCCAACAACUAAAAGUACUCACCAUUUAGUAUCGAGAUCACCAGCAACCGAAUGGCUUCACAGCACAUGGAACUGUGGAAUCACCAAAGGUUGGCUCGAUCAUAAUUCAGCCAGGAUUUUACAUUGUCUGCUUGAUACUGCUGGGCCUAGAUGGCUUGUUAAUGCUGUUAUUCAGGAGCUGUUGAAGCUUAGAUAUAAAGAUCAAUUACAACGUGGGGUUGACCUCGCAUUAGCAAUAUUUCAUGUGGAUAUUGUUGCCUGUACCACUGAACUUUUAUCUCAUAUUCUUCCACAAUUGUUGUAUGUGGAUGUUCAGUCAUAUACAUUGAUGGAACCGCAACUAUCUUCACUGGCAUAUCUUACGUGCUAUUGUGUGUAUACGGCAUGGGAUUUUGUGGCCGAGGAGAGAGACGAAGAACCUCCACAAAAAAUGCCCAGGCUAGACAAUCCAGAGCAACAAACCCCAGACACCCCAGCAAAAAGACUCGUCUGUAGUCUGCUGCAGCUACUAUUCAUGUUUGAAAAAAUGCAAGAAGGUGGCAUAACUCCCCAAACAUACUUUAUUUUUAAUCUGAUUAAGGCCUUGGUAGAAGUUAAGAUACAAUCUGCCAAUUCGAUUCUGACUUAUAUACCGCCCUCCUUAAUAUCAGACUUGUUAAAAACGUUGCCGGACUUAUUCAGUUAUUCGAUGCUGUUACAUUUACAUGAUGUUUGUAGCACGUCUGGUCGAAUUAAUAUGGCUAAAGAUAUUUGUAUUUUGAGGAAUUAUAAGUUAAGGAGUGUAAAUAAUAUUUUGACUAGAUAGUUCAGUGAGUGUAAUUGUUAGGGAGGUUGGUUUUACAACCGCAAACUUUUAAUUAACUUAAUUUAGUAUUUUUUGUAUACUAUCUAUUUUUAUGGAUAUUUAAUUAAUAUAUGGAAAAAUAUAAUAUAGAAAA